UUGAAUAAAAUAUAAAGCCUUUCUAAACAACAAAAGGUGGAACAUGCAAGUGCUCAAGCUAGGUAUUGAGCAACGCCAAUUGGCGGACGACCUUAAGCAGAAACAGGUAAUCCAGGAUCGCCUGCUGCAAAAGAUCCUGUUCUCGAAGCGCCUUCUGGUGGACCAUGUGGAGGCACUGGAACAAUGCAUGCAAGAGCUGCAGACCGCCUCAAAUCCCGGCCGGCAAUUGCUGACCCCAAGGAAUGCCUGUCUGAUAUUGGGAGGCACUCUUUUGGAGCACCUGAUAACCCCCAGGGGCAUUCGGUAUACGAUGGUACCAUCCAUCCUUAUAACCGGCACCUUUGCUGCCUUGUGCGCUGUAAAGAGCGUCUUCGUUUGCCGUAAUAAAAUCGUGGAAAGAAAAUUGGAGCAACUAGUCAAGACCAUCGAUGAAUUCGGAAACUGCAUCCGGCGGAAUAUGACUUACUUUCAAGAGAUUAUUAUCAUGAAGCAGGCUGAGUUGAUAGAAUCCCGCCAGAUUGAGCGUGCCUGGGAUUGCAUAACGGCCGCCAAAGAGGUUACCGAGAUCUUAUAUGAUGCCACCCGCAAACUGGAGACGGAUUAUCCGCUGCCGGCGAAAUACGGAUCAUAUUAUGCACCGAUGGAGGAACUACGGGAGUGCGAGUACUUCAAGAAUAAUGUCACGGACUACAGUCCCAAGCACAUAAAGGAUUUUCACAAUAUCUUUGCCUACGUGCAGUCACAGUACCUGCUUCGUCUGGCCCUAACCAUCACCACUCGCCCAUCGAUUUCCCAGCUAACCGAAGAUCUGGUAAGGAUCGACUGCCUAGUGCGACAGUUGGUGCAGGAGGAGGAGCAGCAUUUUAGCAAUCUAGCAAUGGCCAUGCAGAACAAGAAGCAAAUGGAACUGGCCGAGUUGAAUGCCACCAAAACUGAGCAGCAGCGGAGUGGACCCAUUGCCGUGCUGCAGCAUUCCUCCCUUAAACUGAGUGCCUGCAUGGUAGCCGUGGCCGGUGAAUGCCAAGCUCUGGACGUGACUCUUCAGCAACUUACUGCGACGGAGGCGGCGAACAGAAAUAACUCAAAGGAGCUGGUGGCCGUGGCCAAUAAUAUGCAUGGUAUCGAAAAUGCCUUAGCUGUUUGUUGUGAUGAUUUCCAGCGAUUGAUGUUGGUUUACAACAAAUUCCUGCACAGCCAGCUGGAUUUGGAGGGAGAGUUACCAAAACCCAAGCAGGAUCUGGAUGACGAAUUCCCCGAGAGUAUCCUAAGGGUAGAGUUCUCCCAGAAUGUAGAUGGACCGCAGCAGAAAGAUGAUUUCUAUGCCUACAUGUACGAUGAAAACGAUGACCAUCAGUUCGAGGCUGAGCAGAAUGCUCCUUUUCCUUCACCGGAAAAGGAACUGCUUAACUUCGAAAAGCGCAUUACCAAAGGCAGGUUUAAGCCUGUACUCAAACAGCUCAAGGAUCGCAUCGAUCCCAUACGACAGGUAAUGCUGGAGAAGGAGCGUGAAGUUCUGGAAUCCAAGGGCAUAAAUGUGGACGAGCUCUUUGGCAAAAUGGAAAAUAUGGAGCAAGAACAGAAGGACAACCGACUUGCAGAUGCUAAAACCUCUCCGACCUAUGAUUCCUCCUCCUCUAAUUCGGAUUCAGAUUCUGCCGACGAAGAGGUCUUCAAGCGACGCAGCAAACAGCACAAGGAGCGUGAUAACUUCGCCGAAAUGCGUCAAUUUCUGGCCCAGAAGCAGGCCAUCAAUCUGUUUAACUUACCACCAUCACCUGUGGCCGCCGCUGAAGAGGAGCUGCUCGAAAGUGAAUGCUAAAUUGAUCGUUUUUUUUUUUGUUGGUCACAUGCCUACUAUCUCCUUUGCUCUGGGUAUUAUCUCUGUUUAAGCUUUUAUCGGUUAUCUGGCCAACUGGUCAGAUAAACUCUUCGCCAAGCGAUGCCACUUCAGGCUGAAACCCAUAUCCUGCCCCUUGGUUGUUCCUUUGUUUACGUUUCCUAAAGCAAUUUUAUAAACUCAAGAAAAGUUUUUAAGUAGAUCAACGAUAUGUGAGCAAGCUUUGCGGAAAUCUGUACAUUUUAAUUUGACUUCUAGUCGAGCAUGAAUUUCUUUGUUUAAACUACUUUAACAGCCUCUUAAUGGACAAAGAAACUAUUAUUAUAUUUUAAAUAUUAAAGUUGACCUCAAAACAUAUGUAUAAACCACUUCUUCAUAAACUUCACAUAAGAAAACAACUUUUUGUUUGUAGUUUUCAUUUCUUAACGAAGUAGAUAAAUAAAAAUAUGAACAUUAGUUUUUACCCAUAUCCAAAGAUAUCAAAGGUGAAAUUGA